GUGGUGGUACAGCAGUGCGCAGGCGCAGAGGGUGCGUUGCAGGGGUCACCUGCUUUGGUGCAGAUUCUACACGACCUACUGUGGUUGCCCAAAAUCUGCAAACACUCAAAGGACAACACCAGGUCCGGGGCAGGUGCAUAAUGGGGUUGAUGAGGUACACUGAGCUGCACUGAGCCAUUCAUGGCUGUUCGCACUAUGGGCUCUGAGUCAGCCCGGACUCCUCAGCCUCAGGCCGCUCUGGCGACAGGUGGCAGUGGCCUGCUGCCGGAGGGGAUGCUCACUGCCAGACUGGGACCUCAAGGAAAGCAUUAUGUGUGUGGGUCACUGGCUGCAUUUACCAACAUAUUGGUAACUUUUCCAAUCCAGAAGGUACUGUUUCGACAGCAGUUGCAUGGUGUGAUUGCUACUGAGGCUGUGCAGCAACUGCAGAGGGAUGGUCUGAGGAAUCUGUAUCGUGGUUUACUGCCCCCACUGCUCCAGAAAAGUACUACAGUGGCCAUCAUGUUUGGCCUGUAUGAGGACUUCUCCAGAGUCCUGCUGGACUUGGCUGGUGGGAGUGGAGUGCCUGAGAUUGUCACAAGAAGCUUUGCUGCUGCUUUAGCUGGGACUACUGAAGCUAUUCUUACUCCUUUUGAGCGUGUGCAGACGCUCUUACAAGACCACCGACACCACGGACGCUUCAACAACACCGGCCACACUUUUAGGACACUUAUGUCAGAGUACGGCAUCAGAGAGUGCUAUCGUGGACUGGUGCCUAUCCUCCUCCGCAAUGGUCCAAGCAAUGUGCUUUUCUUUGGCUUUCGUGGCCCCAUAAAGGAGCAGCUCCCUGAAGCUAGCAGUCGAGCAGGACACCUCAUCAGUGAUUUUGUGUGUGGGGGAUUAUUGGGGGCUGGCCUGGGCAUUAUGUUUUAUCCUCUAAAUGUUGUUAAAUCCCGGGCUCAGUCUCAGGUUGGUGGAGAAUUUCAGUCCUGCAGCAAAGUGUUCUUGACCGUGUGGAGAGAGAGGGGUGGCAGUUUACUAAUGCUGUUCAGGGGCGCCCAGUUAAACUACUACCGCUCAUUGAUAUCUUGGGGGAUCAUAAAUGCUACCUACGAGUUCCUGUUAAAGCUCCUGUGAAAGAGCUACAACUAAGUCAACUAAAGAGAAAGCCUAUAGAAAGUCAUUAUUUAAAGGGAUAAGUUUAUUGUGCAAAAAAAUCACGCUAAUGCACUAAGUAAAUCAAAAUGUUUCAGAGACAGUAGUGAAGUUACACGUGUGAAGGGGGCCAAUGUGAUGUAAUCUACCAUCAUGACUUUUUACUGUUGUCAUAGUAUAUAAAGCCUAUAUAAAGUAUGUGCCAGGGUCCAAGUGACACGCCCCUUUUCCUUCAUGUCCAGUAUUUGGGGCAGCACCUUUUUCAAAAGUCCAAGUUGAGGCCUAUUCAGUAGUUAGUGUUUUUGUAGAAAACAUUGUCUCAAAUAUGUGCCCAAAAAUUCAUGUAAAAAAAUCGAUUUGUCCUUUUUGUUUUGUCAUACGUUUGUGGAUUUGGCCAUUGAUGUGUAAAAAAGGCAAAAGAACCAAAUGUUGAAUUUCCUGCUUUAUGCUGCCAGUUGAUCAUACGAUUUUUAUUAUUAUUAUUAUUAUUUUUUUUUUAUCAAAGCAACAAUGAACUGUUUUCCAUGACUUUUCUAAAUUGCUUUUAGGUGUUUCUGGCAAGUGCACAUUGAUGUAAAGUACAGUAAAACAAUAGUACCGUCAGAUCAACAUUCAAAAAUAACUAUAGCAUGCCCUUUGUAUCUUUAUAUCAACUUUAUAUCAUGAAUCAUAUUGAGCUGACGAUUUUACAGCUUUCCUCACGCUCACUCUCCUUCCUGCCUGUAACAUCUGUUGACAUAAUGGGCUCAGAUUUCAAGCUUGAGUAGAUGCAGGGCUCUUGUAGGGAAGUGCUGCUUAGACCAAUCUCCCCUAGACUAGAGUGAGCAGACAGAGAGAGGGGAUAAUGUCCAGUGGCAUAAAAAAACUCAAGCUGUCAAUUGUGUGGUUGGCCAUCAACAGCUUUGUCUUUCUGAGCUUUCUAGGGUUUUACAUUUGAUAUACAUUGGUUUGGUAUUUAAUUUGUGAAUUUGGGGCAAUGUUGAUGGCAUUAAAUGAUCUUUGUAAUUUCCCUGAAGCACAAGUCAGUAAACAUUGUUAUGUUGA